AACAAUUCGGAACCUCAACCCGCCCCGAAAUAUUCAUCGUGGUACUCGUGAUGAAUCAAAUCGAAGCAAAUUGCCGUGCCGAUUCAAACAAAAAGAGCAUCGGUCAAGUUACCGAGAAGUCAGGAUACAAUGACCCGAGAAAAAAAACAAGAAGAAAGAAAGAAUAAUAAGAAAAAAAAGCCGUGCCACCAGUGAUUAAUCACUGGGUACUAACGAAAAAAUGACAACGCCACAUCGGAUGAUAUACAGUACACACCGACAGAUUCCAAAGGAUGAGGAACGUGCGCGUUUUGUACCGUAAGAGGGGGGGUACGAACGAAAGUAUUUCCCAUUCACGCUUUUUCUAGUCGCGAGUCCACGGAGAAGAGAACGAGGUACAUGGUUUGGAUAGGGUCAAGGCCCAGGUGGUGGUCAGUGUAUGUGUGUUUUUCCUCUCUCUUUGCUCGAAAUCACGUAACAGCAAAAGGCACGGUACGAGUACAUCCCCUGCCUACCUAUGGUAAUAAGAAAAGUCCUUCCGUGUAUAUCCGUACCUACCGCAAUCUGAAAACUACGGUACUUAUCACUACCAGUGUGGGAGCAUCCGAGAACCAAAAGGGCCGCUCCGUCGUUUGCCAUCACACAAUGGUACUCGUUACGGCCAUCCCGGGGCGGAACAUCAAAAACGAGAACAUCCGGGACCGCAAUGUGCGGUACUGUACGCGCUUCCGCUCGAACGGAAUGAACAAAGAACCAGUAUGUCAAGAGCAAAGUCCCUCGUUGCGGUUCCGAGAGAGAAAAAGAAAAAUCAAAAUCCACGUCUACUUGCCAUGUGAAUCGUGUGGCGAGUUCUUGUAAAACAUCAGGUGAGAACGACGGUUAUUUAUUUUGGGGAGGGUCUCAAUGGAAUGCGGAUACGGGCGACGUCCGAGUCAACCCUGUUUGUGUUGCUUGUCGGCAAUGUUUACCUACCAUACAUACAAUUACAAAGUCUGGAAGGGACCGCUCAGUCAGGCAUUGGACAGGUACGGAGUACACCUGACGUUACUAAGCCCCCCAGUCUGAACACGCACAUUCUUUUACCCGGGCCUGUACAUGCAAUUUUCAUAAAAAGAAAAGGAGACAACACACGGUACCCAAACCGACAACCUUGGAUCACUAUAUCGCCCACCUCUGGUGAUGACCCGGCGGUAGAAGAAGCGGAAGCAGAAGCGGAAGCGGAAUGUUCAUACUCAAAACUGCCGGCGUCGUUCAAUAAACCGUAUUCGAUACCAAAGUACUCCCUCCGUACACACAACGCUCAAGUAAACCCUUCCUAUUCCCCAUUCUCUGGAUCGGCUGUUUGGUUU